AUGGAGGAUAUUCAGCAACAAGAACAACAUACCAAAUCAUUGGAUAGAAUACAAACAAUUAGUCAACAUUUAACUUCAAAUAAUGUAGCUGCUGUUAGUAACAGUACAUCUUCGUCGUCGUCAAAUGCUUCAAGAGAUGUGGCAGCAGCAACAGCCAUUCUCAAACAAUCAGUAUUGGAUCAACCAAAGAUUGACAAGUUGGCCGACUUUUUAUUAGGACAUCCAAGUGAAGAGUUGAUUGCAACUCGCAAGCAGAUAUUUGAUAUUCUCAAAGACCCAAUCUACAAACCAAACCUUUAUGCAUCGAUCCCUGAGCAGAGAGAGUUGACGUUGCAAAGACUCAAAAAAUUGGCCGAUGCUCGUAUCCUCAAGAUGGACGAGAUCAUUACCAACUUUAAAAAGUUUGCUCUCUUUCAAGAAUCACUCGUCUAUUGUGACAUGUCACUCACUGUAAAGUCGUCGGUUCAAUGGGGUCUCUUUGCAGGUUCGCUCAAGUGUCUUGGUAGUGAUCGUCACAAAAAGUACUUUUACGAUAUCGAUGGUGGUCAAAUCCUUGGUUGUUUUGCUCUUACCGAGUUGGGUCAUGGUAGUAAUGUUCGUGGUGUUGAAACUAGAGCUGAUUAUGAUACUGAAACUAAAGAAUUUAUAAUGACAACACCAACAACUACGGCACAAAAAAUAUGGAUUGGUAAUGCAGCACAACAUGGUACAAUGGCAACUGUAUUUGCAAAUUUGUAUGUAAAGGGAGAGAAUUAUGGAUUACAUCCAUUCUUGGUACCAAUUCGUGACCCAUCGACUGGAACUCUUAUGCCAGGUGUUAGAGCAGCUGACAAUGGACCCAAGAUGGGAUUGAAUGGUGUGGAUAAUGGACGACUCUGGUUUGACAGUGUACGUGUGCCAUAUGAAAACUUGCUCAACAAGUUUGGAGAUAUCACACCCGAGGGAGAGUACUCUACACCCAUCAAGAAUCCAAACGUUCGUUUCAACUCAAUGUUGGAGGCGUUGAUUGGUGGUCGUGUGACCGUCUCUGCAAUGGCAUUGAAUGCCUCCAAGAUGGGCUUGGCUAUUGCCAUCAAAUACGCAUUCCAACGUCGUCAAUUUGGAGCUCCAACCGAGGACCUCUUGAUUGACUAUUUAACUCAUCAACGUCGUCUCUUCCCAUUGUUGGCUGCAACCUAUGCCUAUCAACCUUCGGUACACCAUAUUAUCAGUCGAUUCCAAGCACACGAGGAGAAAGAGGCACGUGAUGUCUUUUUGAUGGCCUGCGGGUUCAAAGCUGUCACUACAUGGCAUCGUGCCAAAACACUCCAGAUUUGUCGUGAGGCAUGUGGAGGUAUGGGAUUUGCCGCGAGCAACAAGAUUGGAUUACUCCGUAAUGACGCCGACGUCGAUCUCACCUACGAGGGAGACAACACAGUGCUACUCCAAGCAGUUGCCAAAAGCUUGUUGGUCGAGUUUAAAUCGUAUUUCACAGGUAGCAAGAGAUUGACGGGUAUGCUCAACUACACCUACUCCAAGGGACACAUUGGUAUCUUUCUUCGUAACCAAAACUUCUUUGUCAAGAGACUGCAUACAGAGGCUCAUCUGCUCGAUCCAGACAUGCUACUCGACGCAUUCAUCUACAGAGAGUUCAAGUUGUUGCGUAUGCUCGUCAAGAGUCUCCGUUCAAAGACAUCCGGUCCCGACAAAAUGCCAGCUGCCAAGGCAUGGAACCAGUCGUUGGACUUGGUCAUGCAUUUGGGCACAGCCUAUGUCGAGCGUGUCACCAUUGAAAAGUUCCUCGAGUCGAUUGCCAACGAAGAGGAGUCGAUCCGUCCCGUCCUCAGACUGCUCUGUAUAUUAUUUGCACUCACAAAGAUUGAAGAAGAUAUGGGUUGGUUCCUCUCCAACAAAUACUUUGCCCCAGUCAAGGCCAAAGCCAUCCAAAACUCAAUCAACAAGGUUUGUGGUAUGGUCCGUGAACACGCCAUCCCUCUUGUCAAAGCUUUCAAUAUUCCUGAUCAUCUAAUGACUGCUCCCAUUGCCAAUGAUUAUGUUGAACAUUUUUCAAAUCCAAAUAAUUAUUAA